CCACAAAAACAGGCGCGGAAAAAGAAAAACUUUAAUUUUAUACCGAGAAUUUUAGCAAGUAUUUCCUGAAUUCCUCUUCAUGUGAAGUUCACAUGCUUCUUAUCAUAUAUGGACAUCUUCACCAAAUAUGGCAAACGUAAACACAUGGUGGCGGCAAAAUCCGAACACAGCCCCUCACGGGUUUAGGAACCGAUGUGUGUCCGUGGGGAGCUUGAAGCAGUGAAAUAUGGCUGGUGGUCAGUUCACCUACCGGUUUUAAGAUAAAUAAACCUUGCGAAGUCUAGAUUUUUGUAUUUUAGUCGGAAAAUCUCAAGAUGGAACAGGCUUCGAGCAGCGAGUCUAGGUUUUGGUCUGUAUUUCCUCAAGCACAGUGCGAAUCGCUUCUUGGCCAUUAUGCUUUGAAGCCGGCCGAUCCAACGGAACUGAGAAGAAUUUUCAACAAGUAUGCCACUGUUGAAAAGGAUGAUGAAAAGUACAUGACGCCAGUGAAUCUGAUUCGAGACUACCUUGGAAUGCAGAAAGUUGAAGAGUAUAAUGAAACAACUUUGAACCUUUUGGCAGGGUGUGCUGACCAAACAAAAGAUGGCUUGAUCUCAUUUAGUGAAUUCCUGGCAUUUGAGGCUUUAUUGUGUGACCCUGGAGCUCAACACAAGCUUGUUUUUCAACUGUUUGACUUGGAUGGCAAAGGAUCAGUCACAUUUGAUGAAUUUGAAAGUGUCAUCAAGAAAACAACUUUCUUCAACAAAAUUAAAUUUAAUUUUGAAACUGAGUUUGUAAAGACAUACUUUGGGAGUGACAAGAAGGCUCAUGUUCGUUUUGAUGACUUCUCUCAUCUCCUACAGGAUUUAGAAAAAGAAUACCAAAGGCAAGCCUUUUUCCAGAGCAAAAUGCCUGAUGGAGAAAUAACAGCUGUCAAGUUUUCAGAGAUCAUGAAAGUUCUGAGAGGCCACAAGUUGUCACCAUUUGUCAGAGAAUAUCUUCUAACAGCUGCUAGUGGGGAGGGUGGCCACCGUGUGAGUUAUGGUUAUUACAGGGCAUUCAAUACAAUGCUAGAUCAUGUACAAGUUCUUCACGAUAUGGCUCUGAAAGCUGCAAAAGGGAACCGUUUUAAGGAGCUUAAGAAAGUUGACAUUUUACAUGAAGCCAAAGCCGACUCCGAGAUCACUCCUCUAGUUAUUGACAUUCUUUUUCAUCUGUGCGACUUGGAACACAGGAGAGGUCGUGUCACGGUGUCUGAUGUACAUCAGAUUAUUCCUCGUCGUGACGUGUUUAAAGUGUUCUCAACAGAAAGAAUCGAGGAAGAGAUGAUCGUGGAGCCUAAAGAAGACAAAGGGUCCGUGUUUUGGAAAACUAUAGAGCAAUUCUAUCGAUUUGGAGUUGGAUCUAUUGCUGGUGCGGCCGGUGCAACUGCAGUGUACCCCAUUGACCUGGUGAAGACUAGAAUGCAGAAUCAGCGAGCGGUGCUGCCUCAUGAGAGAUUGUACGCGAACAGUUUUGACUGUUUUUUCAAAGUCAUUAGGAAUGAAGGGCCACUGGGAUUGUACAGAGGAUUACUUCCGCAGAUUGUUGGUGUCGCUCCAGAGAAAGCCAUUAAAUUAACAACAAAUGAUCUUGUACGUGACUUGUUUCGUGAUAAAGAUGGCUUUAUCAGUUUACCAUUUGAGAUUGUGGCCGGUGGAUGUGGGGGAGCCGCCCAGGUUCUCUUCACCAAUCCCCUAGAGAUCGUGAAGAUCAGGUUACAGGUUGCUGGUGAGGUUGGAGCUACUGGUAAACAGAAGGUGACAGCCACACGGGUCAUCAGAGAACUGGGCCUGUCAGGGCUUUACAAGGGUGCAAGAGCGUGCUUUUUACGAGACAUUCCAUUUUCUGGUAUUUAUUUUCCUACCUACGCCCAUCUAAAGAAAUACUUCGAGAACGAAAGCGGACAAACUGGGCCUGGCGGUCUUUUUGCCGCAGCUAUGAUAGCUGGAGUCCCCGCAGCAGGCCUGUGUACCCCAGCUGAUGUUAUCAAGACCAGAUUACAGGUAAAAGCCAGAGCAGGCCAACAGAUCUAUCGUGGUGUUAUCGACUGUACGAGGAAAAUAUGGAAGGAGGAAGGAGGUAGAGCGUUUUGGAAAGGAGCUGGAGCUCGUGUUUUUAGAUCGUCGCCUCAGUUUGGAGUCACGUUACUCACUUACGAACUUCUUCAGAGAGUGUUUAAAGUGGAUUUCAGCGGAAAAGGAGCGGUGGUGCACGAAGCCUGGAGUGAGAAAAGAUCGUUCAACCCAGACAUCUCCAUGCAUCCUGACCACAUUGGCGGCAUGAGACUGGCCGUGGCCUCGUUUGCAGGCAUUGAGACUAGGUUCGGCUUGUGCUUGCCCAAGUUCACCCACGGGUCAGCGUUUCACACUUCAGGACAGAAGAAAGACACAUGAGAAUUUCAAUGACUGCAGAGGACUUGAAGAAGAUGGACACGACAGUGCCUUUUGUAGAGGCUAGUGCAAAGAGAAUUGCGGGACAAUCUACUCGUCAAUUUGCAUUCGGUUAAUUCCGAAGAAAUAAUAUUUUACAAUAUACAUGUGAAAUGGUUAAAUAAUUUACGUGCCAGGAGCCCAUGGUACCUUUGCUUUUUAGCUUGGCCGCUUGUUGUAUUUCAGUAGCCUAAGUAGUAGCGUUCUUAUAGCCUCAGAGUUCACUAGUUAUUCACAGGGGAGCACUUUUCUUUUAGCUGUCGUUUACCUUGAACUAAAGACAUCACAUAGCCAAUCGUUACGGAGGCUAAACUUUACAAUGAGCCAAUGACAGAAAAAAGCUAUGGCCGAUAAAAAGCGCGGGAAAAGUCACGUGGGUCACAGUACGAUUUAUGUUGCAGCUGACUGGCUGGAAGAGCUGAUGAAACGUUCAAUCUGAUUGCCAGCAGCGUGGUUCACGAGCUUCAUGAACCAAUCGCAGAGUUCGGUUCAAGGGAACCCAAUAAACACAGGAUGUGAAUUUAAGCUGUAUCGCGAGUGCUGGAGAAAAUCUCUUAAGAUAGGUCAGCGUCGGACUCUGGUGGUUACAUGCGCCAAUUGUUCAAGUACACUCAAACAUAAUAUCUCCAUACUAACAGAAAGAACCAUAAAAUUUUGUUCAUAAGUAAGGGCGAAAAUAGACCUUUCCGGCAUUCCACUUCAGUGCGUACGAGCAAUAGCACCACAGCGAGGUUGGGGUGGACAUUUCCAUACAUUUGCUGUAUU